GCCGUCCCCAUCCCCACCGUGAGCCGGGCGCCUGGAAGGACUGGCGAGUCGGAGGCGGGAGGUCGCGGCGGCGGCAUGGCGAGGUUCCCGAGGGCCGACCUGGCCGCCGCAGGAGUUGUAUUACUUUGCCACUUUCUACUGGACCGGUUUCAGUUCGCCGGAGGGGAGCCUGGACACCAAAUCAGCGAUUGGCAAAAUCAAGUUGCUCAGGCCUUUCCACAAACAGAAGAGGAGAUAGAAGUAGACACACAUACAUUCAGCCACCGGUGGAAAAGGAACACGGAUUCCCUCAAGGCUGUGGACACUAACCGAGCAAGCAUGGGCCAGGACUCCCCAGAGCCCCGAGGCUUCACAGACCUGCUGCUGGACGAUGGGCAGGACAACACCACCCAGAUUGAGGAGGACACAGAUCACAAUUACUAUAUCUCUCGGAUAUAUGGUCCGUCUGAUUCUGCCAGCCGGGAUUUAUGGGUGAACAUAGACCAAAUGGAAAAAGACCAAGUGAAGAUCCAUGGAAUACUUUCCAACACGCAUCGGCAAGCUGCAAGAGUGAAUCUGUCUUUCGAUUUUCCAUUUUAUGGCCAUUUUCUACGUGAAAUCACUGUGGCAACUGGGGGUUUCAUAUACACUGGAGAAGUUGUACAUCGAAUGCUGACAGCCACACAGUACAUAGCACCUUUAAUGGCAAAUUUUGAUCCCAGUGUCUCCAGAAAUUCAACAGUCAGAUAUUUUGAUAAUGGCACAGCACUUGUUGUCCAGUGGGACCACGUACAUCUCCAGGAUAAUUACAACCUGGGAAGCUUCACAUUCCAGGCAACCCUUCUCAUAGAUGGACGCAUCAUCUUUGGAUACAAAGAAAUUCCUGUCUUGGUCACACAGAUAAGUUCGACCAAUCACCCAGUGAAAGUGGGGCUGUCUGACGCCUUUGUCGUUGUCCACAGGAUUCAACAAAUUCCCAAUGUUCGAAGAAGAACAAUUUAUGAAUACCACCGAGUAGAGUUACAAAUGUCAAAAAUUACGAAUAUUUCAGCUGUGGAGAUGACCCCAUUACCUACAUGUCUCCAGUUCAAUGGUUGUGGCCCCUGUGUAUCCUCUCAGAUUGGCUUCAACUGCAGUUGGUGUAGUAAACUUCAAAGAUGUUCCAGUGGAUUUGACCGCCAUCGCCAGGACUGGGUAGACAGUGGAUGCCCUGAAGAGUCAAAAGAGAAGAUGUGUGAGAAUACAGAGCCAGUGGAAAGUUCUUCUCAGACCACCACAACCGUGCGAGCCACCACCACACAGUUCAGGGUCCUAACGACCACCAGAAGAGCAGCGACAUCCCAGCUGCCCACCAGCCUGCCCACAGAAGAUGAUACCAAGAUAGCACUACAUCUAAAGGAUAAUGGAGCUUCUACAGAUGACAGUGCGGCCGAGAAGAAAGGGGGGGCCCUGCACGCUGGCCUCAUUGUUGGGAUUCUCAUCCUGGUCCUCGUUAUAGCUGCAGCCAUUCUCGUGACAGUCUACAUGUAUCACCAUCCAACGUCAGCAGCCAGCAUCUUCUUUAUUGAGAGACGCCCAAGCAGAUGGCCUGCGAUGAAGUUUCGAAGAGGUUCUGGCCAUCCUGCUUACGCUGAAGUUGAACCAGUGGGAGAGAAGGAAGGUUUCAUUGUAUCAGAGCAGUGCUAAGAUUUCUCGGACAGAACAGCACCAGUGCUGGCUUACAGGUGUUAAGACUAAAAUUUUGCCUAUACUGUUAAGACAAACAAACAAACACACACACAGAAGAGCCCUAAGCAGCUGUAGCCUGAAGGGAACAAGAUUUUUGGACAAGCCCAGCCCAGGAAGGGUAAAAGAAAAACUAAAAUGUAUACAAGAUACCACUUACCACUGAACAUAGAAUUCCCUAGUGGGAUGGCAUCUAUAGUUCACCCAGAACACCUCCUGUGGACUUAUCAGAAUUACGACAAGAUUACAGUGCCAUUGGCUUAGGUGCAGGGUUGCAAAGGGAUCGAGAACAAACAUACUAAUAACAAAGCUUUAGUUCACAAGGGAUCUACACCUUUGGUUCAAAUAUUCUCCUCUGAUGUCUCAAAGAUAACUGUGUUCCAAAGCCUGAACCCUUCCACCCAAAAGAGCAAUGAUGAAUGUGGCGAUUGCUGAGAAAAAUAGCUCAUGCAGGAACAAAAACAAACACAAAAUGAGAGAUUUUCUAUCUUUUCUUCAGAUGUGUGGCCAAAGAAUUGUGUUUUUCUGGUCUAGAUCUACCUGUUGCAACAAGUUCAUGACUUUGUAGGAUGGAUCUUUUCCCUGCACAGGAGGUUUGGCCUGUGCUCCCCCCUUCCUUGUUAAUGAAUGCCCUUUCUAUGAGCUGUGACAGAAUCGCUAGGCUCUUAGCUAAGGAUCAGGAAAGAGGCCGUAGCACUUGAGGCUUUCCAUUCUCGCUCCUCAGAACAAAACUUCUGAUUUGUUUUACGAAGAGUUGCCUCCAUUUCCCAACUGUGAAGUCCUAUGAAGCCACAGUUGCUCUUGGCUGAAGGAAACAAAAGGAUGACUAGUUCCUUGAUCAUGUUUUGAAACAAAAAUGUUACGGGAUUCUAAGUAUAUGGGUAUUUUUUUUACUUUUUGCCAUUUCAGUACUAAAGGCCCAUUUCAUUGUCGAUUCCUUUCUAAGAAGCCAUUCAAGUCAGCAUAUCCCUGGUGAUAAAAAAAAAAAUGAAAGAACCCUGCUGAAUCAUACAGUAAUUUUCUUUAAAGCACAUAGUAGUUACAUAAAUAUAUAUAAAUAUAUUUUUGUUUAUAACUAACACAAGGCAGGCUCUUGUGACUCUAAGAGUGCAUUUUUGUCAUCAAGACAAAACAAAUGCAAGGUGCAUUACUGCAUACUUCCAUAGAGUUGUAAAAUAAUCCUUAAUAUUAGAAUAUUUUUAUGUCACUUAGCAAAAGUGGUUCAAUUGGCUGCAGUGCCGAUCAUUGUCCUGCCUUUUCGAGCCACCGUUUCACUCACAUCAACCCCCUCCCUCCCUGGCCAGACGAACAGAUGCCAAAAGCUCCUUAAAUGGAGCUGUCAUUUGCCCGGUAAUGAAAAUCCAGGUUUUUAAAUUCCCCCCUGAACGAAGAUAGAAAAGGCAUCCCUCUGAGGAGGAAAGUGGUUAAUAUAUAUACUGAGCUCCUAAAGUUUAGAAUUCAGGUACUGUGUGUACAGUUUCAUCACCAUCUUCACCCAUGAGACUUGCAUCCUGCGCCAAGAAGCUGUUGGGUUUCGUGGGGCACAGUGUCUACCGUUUGCAGAUUCGGGUGUCAAGAAGCAGAGGUCUCUCAAACAGCACUUUACUAACAGCUUAACUUCUCGUACACAGUGUCUGCACUGAAUGACAUCAGUUCACUAACAGUGUCAUAUUUAUCUGCACAACUGUCUGAUGUAAACUAGUGCCAUUUUCCAUCACAUGUAUUUCGCUGUAUAUUUUUAAGUACCUGAUGAGGGUGGUAAUUUUCUCCUAACCUACUUAGGUAAUAAUCACACACAAAAUUGACAAUUAAGGUGAUUGAAGGAUGUGAUGACAAUCUCUCUGCCGUAGCUUCGUUCGGUUUAUAUGAAAUAGCCCAACUUGUUUCUUGUGGAGUAGGGUUUGAUCAGCUAGCGAUAACCAAAUGACUUGCCAAUGUAACUGGUGCAACUGGUAUUCUACAAAGACAUAACGGACACAUAGACGAUUCCUUUUAGGAUAAGAUGAUGCUUCUUUCACUAGCUUUUGUGGUAGGUAUGGCUUCUAAUAUAGCAGUUGAUUGACAAUUAUAUAAAUCCUGCCUCUAUAUCCAACUUCUUACACAAUUCUUUGAAAUAGUAAUGUUAUCUUUAUACUCUCCCAUCUUCCAUUUUUGAUUCAAAAGAAUUGGCAUUUUUGUAGAAAAACGUAAAACCCUCUGAAUUGUUCAGUGAACUAAAGUACCAAGUAAUAAAUACAACUUUUUGGAAGGCAAGAGGCUGCCAAAGUGUGGGAAAGCUUCCUAACAGAACUACAAGUGCAAGGCGGUGAGAAGUUGCUGUUUAUAUGAAUCUUUUGGUGGUAAGGGGAAAGGCUGGCUGAAUCCCUUUUUUCAUGAAACUUUCAUUCUAUUUUAUAUGUCUCUGUUUUGUUCUUGGUGCCUAUUUAUUGAAAAAGAAGAGCAAACAUACACACAGUUUCUGAAUUCACAAUAGCUGCUGAUGCUUUGAACCGCACUUGUAUUAUGUAUUAGAAAGGGUGCAUCUGUACAUUGCUUAAUAAACUAUGAACAUAGACAAUAACAAGUUUAAAAAUUAAAAAUAGCAAAGGAGCACAUGCACACUUCCAGAGAAAUCAGGUAAAUGGUGCUAUACAGGAAGUUAGGUAUUUCGUCUUAGUUAUUUGUAAAAAUAAUAUUCAAUGAUUAGAUAAAGGUAUUAAAAGUCAAGAAAAAUAUCUUAAGCCAACCAGAUAGCAGUGACCACAAUGUUGGUUUGUUUAUGAAGGGUUUGGACUUCCAAAUAUACUAACAAAUAGAAAACUAAAGAUACACAAUAGCCCACAAUUAACCCCCAGUUAUCAUUUUAGUUUGAGAUACCUAGAGCAUUUGCUAAUCUGUCACAUGUAGCUUCUAGAGCUAGGGUGUCCAAUAUUAUGUUCCCUAGCUAAAUGUGGUUAUUAAAUGUAAGUUAAUUAACGUUAUAUAAACAUUUGGUUCUUCAGUCACAGCCACAUUCAAGUGCUCACUAGCCACUUGGCUUGUCGCUACCAUAUUGGACAACACAGAACAUCCCCAUGAUCACAGAAAUUUUUAUCAUGUGGUGGGUGCUAUAGAGAUAUUCCCUUUCUAUCCCCCCCCCCUUUGAAGAAAAGGAGGAAAAAGAGAAUAUUUAGUAGUUCUUGGCUAUAUCUGAGCAUUUUGAUCUUAGAGAAGCACGAUGGAGUAAUGAGAAAAACUCACAACCCAGCUGACCCAGCUUUGAGUCUCCAUAAUGUUCUUUUGGCAAAAUCACUUUAACCUUCGUGAGUCACAAGUUGCAAUUUGAGAAAAUAAAAAUACUUUUAUCCUGUCUUCCUUGCAAGAUUAUUAUUAUGCAGAUUGACUAAAUGUACAGAUGUAUAGGCUUUUAAAACCUGACGUCAAUGCCACCCAAAUAAAGCACAGCUUUGGUCCAGUACCGGUGCACAAGUGCAUUCAAAGGAAGAAAAGUUCAUCAGCCCACAGAGCAUUCGAAGACAAUUUCAGAUCUAUACAUUUCUUGAGAAAAUGCCAAAGGAGAAUACCACACAGCAAAAUUACUUAAGAUUCUUUAUUCCCAUCUCAAUAUUUUCUCUUACUAUUUCCUCUGCAUAACAUCUCUCCCAACUGUCUGUCCUCUCCCACCCCAAAAUCCCUCUCCCACCCCAAAAUCUUCAUUCUUCAACUGGCUCAGUUCUUUAUUAUGUAGAGUCAUUUAGCAUCUCUAAUUUCUGAUUUUCCAAUUUAUUCUUCACAGCAAAGGGAGGCCCAGGAGCUGACCAGCAGGCAUCUCUUUAGAAGGAAACACCUCUAACACAAGUAACUUUUAAGUAUUUCUUUUAUCCCUGUAACACAAAUGUAAGGGGCUGUCACAUUAAAAUAUAAACAUAUGGAACUUAAUUUAAAUUGUAAAAAUUUGCAAAUGAAGACUGUAUAAAAGUAAUAAAAUUAAUUUAAAUUAUGCUAACAUGCAGAUAAUAUAUAUUCUUGGAUUAGUAUAAUUUAUUAAGUUUUUGGCAACAUAAAAAAUCGUAUGUUAUUUUCACAUCCUGAAGAAGGGUAGAUUUGGUGAUGCCCAUAGGGUCUCCUGUAUGUUUGAGAAAAAGUUUUGCUAGAAGCCAUGCCGUGGUUCAAGACACUUCUUCUAUUCCAUGCUAAGAAAUGAAUAUUUAAGUAAAAUUAACUGAAAAAGAGAUCCUGCUGCUGUGGCUUCUUCCUCCUGUGAAACAUUUGCUUUGUAUUUCUUCAGACAUUUUCAGAUAUUUUAUUACAAUGUGCUUUCCUAAUUUCAAAGGAUUGCUCUUGCUUUUCCCCUCCUAUCCCUUGACAUCACAUCUGUAUGCCAGAAUCCUAGGUGGUCAUCUAAUUCAACUUUUUCAUUUCCCAGGUCAGAAAAUUGAGGCCUGGAGAGAAAAGUAAUUUUCCCAUUGUCAGAACUAGGUGUUGAACUUGAAAUCCCUGCCAGGUUAUUUUUGUUGCGAUUCUCCUUGCCUACACCCCUUUGUCAGCAUGGGAGGCCAACUAAGCAGCUCAGAAGGGUCCUCUGAAAGUUAGCUUUCUUGCCGCAUGACUGCCUGCUCUGUCCUUUAGAACAGGGGGCCGAUCUUCCUCUGUCAUGUUGCUGUCUUAAAAAUGGUGCCAUUUUAAUAACAACCUGUGAUCUCAAGUUCUAGCUAUUACAGGGUCUUUAUUUGGUUUCUCAUGUUCCUUCCCCUCCACGCCAACCUGUGACUAAGUUAAUACUAUUUCUCCUUUGCCAUUUAAAUAUUUUCUGCCUUUGUUUUACUUCUUCCCCGGUGUUCCUGAAAAUGAAUGAUAUUCAUAGCAGAUUUCCUUACCAUUUAUAUAAUCCUAAUUUUUAUUUGCUUUUUAAACUGUCUGAACUUUUUGCCCUAAGAAGGUGUUUUUUUGAGCAAAUAUUAUGAGGUCUGUGGCAUUACCUAUUACGUAUAUACUCAUAUUACAUUGUGUUUAUGAAGCACUUUAUGUUUUAAAGAGCACUUUCAUUCAUUCCUUUACUUGUUUAUUCAUUCAACCAUUCAAUCAACUUAAAUAUUUACUGAACAUCUUGUGGUAUAUAGUAAUAAAUACAAAUAGUGAUCAUUGUAGUAUGGUAAAAUCCUCAAACACAAUCUGGCAAGUAAGUAUGAUCAAUAUUAUUACUCUAUCCAAUUUCCAAUUCCAAUUUCCUAUUCCACUUAGAUAAGGAACUAUCAAGUAUUUGCCUGAAGGAUGUUUGCGAAAUAUGGUACGUCAUUGCACGCACAUCUGUGCAGUUUGCUCUGUUUCAAAUGAUCCUUUAGUUUCAUUAAUGAGAAGAGCUAUUCAUCCAAAGUCAUCCCAGACCCAGGAGGAUUAUCCAGGCCACCUGAAUUCUUUCUGACUAAACAUAAUAGUUCACUUUCUUGCACCAGUAUUUCUGUUGCGCUUUCUCAAAUUAUCAUCAUAUCUUUAAGAUAUUCCAGAAGCUCCAGUGUAUCAAAGAGGCAUUUGCACUUUAGGUGUGUGUGGCUGUUUGUCAUUUAUUAGACUGCCUCAGGCAUUCUCAGUCUCAGCACUAUUGACAAUUUGGGACCCAAUACUCUUUGUUGGGGUGUGGGGGUGGAAGUCAUCCCGAGCAUUGUAGGUUGUUUGGAAGUUUCCAGGGCUUCUAUUGACUAUAUGCCAGGAGUGCUCGCUCUCUCUCGCUCUCUCCCUCUCUCCUUUUCUCUCUGUCAUACACACACACACACACACUCCAGUUGUGACAAUUAAUGUCCUCUGGGGUGGGAUUGGGAAAUCUGCUAGAUUAGCUCUUGUGCAAAAUAUAUCAGGAGAAAGAAAGGAAAUUUUCUCUUUCCCCUCUCACAUUUUUAUCAUAGGUUUUUAUUUACAGUAAGACUUGGAAUCAUAAACUCUUUGCAUUAGAAAGGAUUGUAAAGUAUCACUAAAUCAGCCACAAUCCAACAUCAUCCUUAUCUAUUUCUCCAACUCUUGGUUUUACAAACUUUUUGAGAGAAGAUGGGAAGAUUGGUUAUCUCUGGAAGCUCGGAGAUUGACUUUUUGGUAGCUAGAGAUAAGGCUGUUUGGCAGUAGGUUUACUGCUGUAACAGCUGCUGUGGUGAUAUUUUCUUCACUUUGUGGAUUUGGUGUCACAAAACUACAGUAUCUCAGAGACUCUGCUUUGAGGGGUUUUCUUUUGGUCACUUCACACCUCUACAAAUCUUUUUACUUCAUCUUUGCCUUCAAAAUGUGCAGAGAAGUUGAAGUUUGGUGUUUCGAAUUUUAAGUCUAUCUGAAUGAGCUUUCUCUUUCUCAUUUUAAAAAACCCACGUAUUUGAUUGUCCCAAGUAAUUGAAAAUUGGAAACUUCAGAUCAAGCCAAAGUUCCUACUAAUUUGAUGUGCCUUAUGUCAGUUUUCCUGUAGGGUCAGUGAUUUCCUGUGUACAACUCUGAAUCCCAUCCAUUUAUACUUGUGUCUGUUCUGCACCAAUUAAAAUACUUGGUGAAACUAUACAAAGACAGACUCUUAAUAAUCCCACAAAUGACAACAAACCCCCAACUCGAAUAUCAGGUCUCCCUUUAUUCCUUUGCUAAAACACCAACCUAGACUUUGAAAACAUUUGUAAUUAUUGACUACAAGUUGCUAGUAUGGACACACAAUUGAAAGCCUUGAUUACAGAGUCUAAGGGUAUAGAAAAUUGACAAGCACAACCAGAGUGAGCUCUCCUAAGACAGUCACGGAGUCAGAAAACCAUAACCCAGGAGACCCUCAAGUAUGUAUAUAAGUUUCUACUCUGCUGCCGUCAUAUCAGACAAUAUGGUGUUACCUAACGUUUUGAUUAAGUGGAUCUUCAUUUUCAACUGAAAUUGUAACACAAUUGCCUAAUUAUUGCCUCACAUAACUUUUAAACCAUUUAGUGCCCACUGUUCUCACAAUGAUUACUGCAAAGAAGAUGGUAAUUAUGAGAAUAAAUUUACAUAAUUUCUGGAAUCAAUUCUCCAUAGAAGUUGAUGAAAUACAUUAUCAUUGGCUUCUCAAUGUUAAUACUUGUUAAUUUCCAGAUCACUGUCUGCACUGAAAGAUUUAUGUUACUUUAAAUCCAGAAUAAAAGGCUGGAAAAAAUAAUGCCAAUCAUAUACUGGUACUCAUCUUUUUCUGAUUUCUAAAUGUUUUAUUAAUAUUUGAGAAUUGCUAAAAAAAAAUUCUCCUAAUGAAAUACAGUAAAAAAAAUUUGACAUGGCAGAUAGUGACAUGUUGAUUUUUUAAACAUAGUCUCUCUUUUCCCAAGCAUUACAAAAAAGUAUAUAUUUAUAUCACUUAUUCAUCAUGCAGCUAAAAACCUUUUGUGCCUAUGGAAUAGAUACAUAGCAUGAAACUAAUUUUAAAAGUUUGCUAUGUGGAGAGAGAUAUAAACAUAGGAGUGGGUGGAUGGGGAUAAUUCAAAGAAAAAAUAGAUCUCAAAAUAUGCUAUCAAGCAGAGUUUUCAACUUCUUCAGUGCAAUGUGCAAAUAAAUAUUCAAUUAGGAUCAGCUCAAACUAGGUCAUUCAGAUACUGUAGCACAGAUCCUGCAAGUAAUGCUAGAAACGUGACAUACAGAAAGUAAAGGAUGCCCCAAUUAAUCUAAAACUCAGCCACCAUCGCCUGUGCCUCUCCUAUGGCACCAAGUCGAAAUUGCUGAGGCCUUUGCUGUAGGGAAUUGGGUUAUUUACAGUCAGGAAUGACCAAAAAGAGACUUUCAUUUAUCUUCCUGUGACUUAAAAGGCAUGUUCUUUGGUUCCCUUAUACCAGAGACUAUGAAGGGGCCAACCACACACAUGCAAUAAAAUACAAUAAAAACAGAAGUAAUUUUUUCUGAGGAAAAGAUAAGAAAGGGCACUUUCAACUAUGGACCCAUAGCUGGAUCUCUAUGAAGUUUGACCAUCUCAGGACCCAGAUUCAAGGACUAUUGUAGUCAAGCCUAAGUGAUCAUUUUAAAGGCGUUUAAACAAAAAACAUACUCAGAUUGUCGUCUCUGUAGCAGGGCGAUAAAUUCUCCAAUUAAGUGUCCUCCAACAGGCUACUCUGCAAAUACCAUUACGUGAAAUCAGAGCUUCCCUUGCUAAGAAAUGUUAAAAUCAUUUAGACACGGGCAUUUUGCAUAUAUUAUAACUAAAUCUCGGGGCCCUAGCUGAGAGCGGAAAGGCUUUUCAAAGGUUGGUCAAAACAAAUCUUUCACUUGCCUCAUUUGAGGCAUUUGGAUAGUGCCUGGGAAGUACAUUAUUUUCAGGGGGGAAAAAGAAAGCCUUUUUUGCGUGCCAGCUGGGAUCAUGGGAACUCCCAAUGCCAGGAAUUUACUACUGUUUCUGGUAAUUCUGCUUGUAGUAAUUUGAAAUGUUGAAGUGUAAAAGGAAAAGUUGGGCACCCAGGGGGCUGUCUGUGUUUUAUGCCAGUUGCACCAGCACACAGAAUAUUUGUAAAUGCAUUUCGAAGUGGGUAUAAUUGUGCCCUUUGUCCGAAUCACAAAGCCCACUGUGGUGCUGCUGAGAGAGAACACUGCGGGGAAAUGUGACCCUCAAACCCAGUCGGCCUCAAACAAGAGGAAAGGCUGUGUGGUGAGCAGAGCACGGUGCAAGUCUGCUUCUCAGUUUUCCAAAGCCCCGUCCCUCAAGUCAAGGACAAUGUUUUUCAGGUGAAGGUGAAUUUUUCGGAGGUUUUCCAAAACUUCAUUUACUACAGGGCUUGGAAAACUGAGCAUUUUGAAUUGACUCCAGUCGUCUGGGCGUCAUUUUUGUUUCCUUUGCCAUGGUAAUGAGACAUUCCAAGGCUGCAUUCUUUCAUGAAAAAAUAAUGUAUGCAUAUUCCACAGUGACCUCAUGCUUGAUGUAUCUGAACCUGCAAAUGUAAAAAUGAUUGUAUCUGAAUUUGCACUAAUGGUGUCUGAUAGCAGAAGUGUGAUCUUUAUUGAAACCCACUGUUUAAAUUCAGUAAUUCAGAUGCUAUAUACUUCUGCAAGCUUCUUAUUUUCACUGUAAGAAUAAUUAUCUAAGUUUGAAUGUAUUUCCUUACAGUUCAUUAAUUAGCCAUCUCUCUUUUACCUAAAGAUCCCUAUGAUUGCAAUAAUUCAUUAAAGUUUUCUUCACACAGCUUCUUAAAUCAAGUUUUUCUAUAAUUCUUCUGGUUCUGCUUACAGUACAUGGGAAAUCUUCUUUUUUCCUAGUAAAUAAUUUUGUAAGAAAGCCAGUGUUAUCUCUCAACUGCCAUAGUGACAUAAUUCAUCUGUAAAGGCCGGGAAGCGGGUGGUGACCAAAUGUUACCUGUGUUCUCUCAAUUGGAUGCUAUCUUCAGAAUUAAAUCAUGUUUUGUUUUGUUUUUUUCCGUUUCAGUUGAAGUCAACAAAUUUGGGAUUUUAGAAAGGGGAGAAGGGAACAAUUUGUGUAAUACUGCUGUUCAUAUUUAACUACAUAUUAAAAACAAUAAAUGAUCAUUUGUUUUAAUUUCUUAAA